GCCCCACCCCGACUGGGCCCUGCGCCCCCCCCCGCCCCCCGCGGCCCCCUGCCGCCGGGCCCGCCGCCACCAUGAAGAAGUUCUUCCAGGAGAUCAAAGCUGACAUCAAGUUCAAGAGCGCGGGACCUGGUCAGAAGCUCACGGAGUCCGUGGGGGAGAGGGCCCCCAAAGAAAAACCCACCCAGCCAGCACUGCGGCAAGCCCGCCAGGGACCCACGGAUGAGGCCCAGAUGGCGGCAGCGGCGGCCCUGGCCCGGCUUGAACAGAAGCAGCCCAGAGCCCGGGGCCCCACGUCGCAGGAGUCCAUCCGCAACCAGGUGAGAAAGGAACUUCGAGCUGAAGCGACUGUCGGUGGGAGCACAGAGGCCCCCGGGAGCAACACGGUGCCCGAGGCCAAAGAGGAGGGCUCCGCCCAUCUGGCAGUGCCCCGCGUGUGCUUCACAUGCCCGCUCACCGGGGCCACGCUCAGGAAGGACCAGCGGGAUGCCCACAUCAAAGAGGCCAUUCUCUCGCACUUCUCCACGGACCCCGUGGCUGCCUCCAUCAUGAAGAUCCACACGUUCAACAAAGACCGGGACCGGGUGAAGCUGGGUGUGGACACCAUUGCCAAGUACCUGGACAACAUCUGCCUGCACCCCGAAGAGGAGAAGUACAGGAAGAUCAAGCUGCAGAACCGAGUGUUCCAGGAGCGCAUUAACUGCCUGGAAGGGACCCACGAGUUUUUUGAGGCCAUUGGUUUCCAGAAGGCACUGCUUCCAGUUCCUGAUCAGGAGGGCCCCGAGGAGUUCUACGUGCUGAGUGAGGGCGUCCUGGCCCAGCCCCAGAGCUUGCAGAGGCACAAGGAGCAGCUUCUGGUCGCUGAGCCCGUGCGGGCCACCCUGGCCCGCCAGCGCCGGCUCUUCCGGCCCUCGCCCAUGGCUUCCCAGUUCGAGCUGCCCGGGGACUUCUUCAACCUCACGGCAGAGGAGAUCAAGCGGGAGCAGAGGCUCAGGUCCGAGGCGGUGGAGCGGCUGAGUGUGCUGCGGACCAAGGCCAUGCGGGAGCGGGAGGAGCAGCGCGAGCUGCGCAAGUACACCUACACGCUGCUGCGCGUGCGCCUCCCUGACGGCUGCCUGCUGCAGGGGACCUUCUACGCCCGGGAGCGUGUGGCCGCGCUGUACGCGUUCGUGCGGGAGGCCUUGCAGAACGAUUGGCUGCCUUUCGACCUGCUGGCCUCGGGCGGGCAGAGGUUGUCGGAGGACGAGAGCCUGGCCUUCAACGAGUGCGGGCUGGUGCCCUCGGCCCUCCUGACCUUCUCGUGGGACGCAGCGGUGCUUGAAGACAUCAAGGCUGCAGGGGCCAAUCCGGACUCAUCUAUUCUGAAACCUGAGCUCCUGGCAGCCAUCGAGAAGCUCUCAUGAAAUAAAAGCAGGGUUGGCUUUA